UUCAGCUCUUAGCUUCUUUAGGUAAUGCAGUUCAGCUUCCAACUCUGCCAGUUGUACAUUUCAACUUCUAGGUUUUUCAGCAGUGCCGUGCAAUGCAUUUGAGCUUUAACAUUUUUAAGCAAGUCAUUUCACAUUUCUGCAUUUUCAGCAAUGCUUUGCAAUAAAUUUCAGCUGUCAGCAUUCCCACGCAUUUUCAGCAGGAAAUGCAUUUUCUAGUUUAAAUAACAAUGCUUCUGUUCUGUGUUUCAUCUGCAGCUGAAGCUGUGAGUGCUGCUGACGAUGGCUAGACAAGUGACCCUUGAAGAAUCCAACCUGAAAUGGGAGACCUUUAAAGGCUCUAUCCCCAACGGAGCGGUUUCAAUCUACAACGAUUACGAAAACCGCACCGACUACGUUGCCAAAUAUGAGGACCAGCCCGGCUUCUUCUGCCCUGACCUGGAUUCUUACUGCCACUACUCCCGUGCAGGCAAAGAGCUUCGUAGCUCCACAUUUGAGAUCCUGGUGAACAAAGACGACUUUGAGUCUUUGGAAUGGAAAGGUGGCUCCCACGGUUCAGUGCCUGCAAAUGCAGUAUACGCCUCCCACAAUGAAAGGCAUGUUGGGAAGAACCAGUAUGGUCUUGGGAAGGUACAUGCUAGAUAUGAGAACUUCUACCAUGCCUGGAGAGGUAAAGAGUAUGAAUACAAGGACUACCAGGUUCUGACCUUUAACCCAGAUGUAACCAGCGAGCACAUAUGUGAUGUCAAGUAUAAAACUAAUCCUACGAUCAUUAAGCAUCCUCCAGAGAUCUUGACCAAGUCUAAAAUCACCAACAAUAGCAACCAGCCAGUGACACAGACUGUCACCCUCUCAUACGAAAACAAAGUGGAGCAAAGGUGGGACACCAGCUUUUCUAUGAAAACGGGCGUCACGACUAGAAUCACUGCUGGAAUCCCAAGUAUUGCCUCUGCAGAUGUUGAGUUUAGCGUGGUGACAACCCUCGAGUCCACGGAGGGGACCACUCAUACCAAGUCAACCACCCACUCUGUUGCUGUUGAGUGCAAAGUCCCACCAAAGCACGACUGCAGUGUCAGUAUGGUGGGGUAUAGGUACAGGGCAGACAUCCCUUACACUGCACGCCUCAAACGCACCUACAGGAACGGGGGGACCAGGUCGACGUCCAUCACCGGGACCUACAAAGGCGUCAGCGUGGGAGAAGUCUGGACUGAGGUGGAUCCCUGUCAACCUCUGUAGGCCCUGUCCCUGAAAGAAUAAUGGAAGAGGCUCCAUGAGUUACAGUACCUGACAUAUUGUAUGUUGGAUACCCGUAACGAAAAGCUAAAAAAAAAAGUUUUAUUUUUGCUUUGAUUGAGCAUUUAUCGAUUUCUUCAGUUUUUCAACAAAUUGUUUACCAGGCAACAAAAGUAUUGUUGAGGUUUCAUCUAUAAUGUCCAAGACACACACCCCCAAAACCUACCCUAAUUCAGAGUUCAACCCAUUAAUUAAUUCAUUGACUUUAAUUGACUAACCAAUUGAGAAUUACAGAAAUACUUGGAAACAUUGUUGUGAAACUGGUGAAUCGGUAUGAUUUCUUUCCUUUCAUUGAGCUUAGAGUGAUUUAGUCUCAGAUAUGAUUUUAUUACACAUAUAUAAUCCCAUAUGUCUUUGUGCUCAUUUAAUAGUGAUAACAAGUAGUUGAUUUUAUUUCAUUCUUCAAUAUGUAAUCCUGUGUGCUUUUAUAUUCACUGGCUGAUAAAACAUAUGUAAGAAAGGCUUUUUUCUUAAAGGUGUUACGUAUCUAAUAGUUUGUUGAUGUUUAGGUUGUUAACCAUACAUGGAUCCGGAGUAAAAAAGUAUAAAUAAGGGGAGACAACAGAUUAUAGGAGGCUUUUUUGACUCUGAUUUGAUUUUUGACGUUUUCUUUUUGGCUUUUUGAAGCUUUUGAGGAUAUUUGAGAUUUUAGUGGAUGUUUUGGUUCCUUUUUGUAUCAUUAUAUUCAUGUAACCUGUAAUCUUCAUAUUAUCUUUAAAAAACAAUAAAACUGGAUUGUAUUCUGUACAUUCCAACCAAA